UCUGUCUCCCUUCUUCUCCCUGUCUCCCUCCACCUUGCAUCCUCUUGGUGACCUCAUUAACCUAUCCCUCUCGAGGGUGAUGAGCCGGAUUUCAAUGAAUAGUUAAUAGGCUGUUCAUGAAUGAAGGAUAUGGGGUAUUGAUUUUAUAUCUGCAUUACGUAGCGAAGCUGGUUCCUGGGACCAAACAAAAAGCGAUGAUGUAUUGACUUAUUUAAGAAAGGAACAACAACAACAACAACAACAAAAAGAAUGAAAAGAAAACACCAGGACGACAUAAUCUUUUCACCAAGAUACAAACAAAGAAUUGCCUGCAGUAUUUCAAGAAAAAGGAAACAAGACGUCCUUGUUCCUGCAGACACAGUUUGCUUGUUUCAGAUCGGGAGAGGACCAUGGGCUCCAAGCCUCUCGCCUUUCCCUCUGAAACUGGAGACCUUUUUGAGGAUGGCAAAGAUACAGUACAUGAAUGACCACUCCCACCGUAUGUCCAGCAAAGGAAAAACACCUUGGAUGACCUUCAACGGCCAACCAAUCGCAGACUCGCAGUUCUGUGUGGAGCAUCUCAAGACUUAUUUUGACCUUGACCUGGACAAAGGUCUCAGUAAGGAGCAGUGUGCCGUGGCGAGGGCCAUGCGGGAACUGACUGAGGAAAAUCUCUACUGGACCAUGUGCUACGAGUCAUUCAUCAAACGACCACAAAGCCUAGAUAUCCUCCUGAAGGGUGUCUUCUCUUCGUUUGCAAUCUUCAUGUUCAAGCUCUUGGUGGGAGUUGUCGUGCGUAUUGAGCUGUGGGGCCACGGGAUGGGACGCCACAGUGAUGAAGAGAUCUGGAGUAUUGCCCAACGUGACCUUCAGGCCUUGUCCGACACGUUAGUUGGCAAAGCUUUCCUGAUGGGUGAUAAGCCGAGCGAGGUGGAUUGUGCUGUAUUUGGGAUGUUGUCCAUGGUGGUGUGGCAAAUGAAGGGAUCCAGACAUGAGACAUUCGUUUAUG